AAUAAAUAAUAUCUAGUGUAAAAUCAUUGUUAUCAGUUCAUAGAAUUAUUUUUACAGAUUAUAAAUUAUACGUAUAAUAGAAGUAGAAAUAUGGUGGACAAAUAAAUAAGUAUUUUGAUUUAUAACGGUAAAAAUGAUAUAUUCAACGGUUAAUUUUUUAAUUUAAUAACAUUAAUUUUUGGUACCUGUUAAAAUAUUAUGAAUAGAUGGACAAAAAUUUAUUAGCUAUGUCUUAUUUGAGAGGAUCUGCUAAUUAUGUUUGGUGUACCACAAGUGUUCUCGGUAAAGGAGCUACAGGUUCUGUUUAUCAAGGAGUUGAUAAAAAUAAUGGUGAACCUGUGGCUGUAAAGACAUUCAAUCCAGUAAGUCAUAUGAGACCAAUGGAUGUGCAAAUGCGUGAAUUUCAGGUGCUUAAAAAAGUUAAACAUGAGAACAUUGUAAAAUUAUUAGCUAUCGAAGAAGAACAAGAUGGUAAAGGAAAGGUCAUUGUCAUGGAACUUUGUACAGGUGGUAGCCUUUUUAAUAUACUUGAUGAUCCAGAAAAUACAUAUGGUCUGGCUGAAAGCGAAUUUUUGCUAGUAUUAGAACACCUUUCAGCUGGUAUGAAGCAUUUACGUGAUAAUAAUCUUGUGCAUCGUGAUCUCAAGCCUGGUAAUAUAAUGAAAUACAUUGCUGAUGAUGGUAGUACAAUAUAUAAACUAACAGAUUUUGGAGCCGCUAGAGAGUUGGACGAGAAUCAACAAUUUGUUUCAUUGUAUGGUACUGAAGAAUAUCUUCAUCCAGAUAUGUAUGAGAGAGCCGUGCUUCGUAAACCAGUUGGCAAAACAUUUGGUGCUACAGUAGAUUUGUGGUCAAUCGGAGUAACUCUUUACCAUAUUGCCACGGGAAAUUUACCCUUUCGACCAUUUGGUGGACGAAGAAACAAAGAAACAAUGUAUUAUAUUACUACGAAAAAAGCUUCUGGUGUAAUAUCCGGAACUCAAACAACUGAAAAUGGUCCAAUUGAAUGGAGUUCUGAUCUUCCCCGCAAUUGUAGACUGAGUUAUGGUCUUAAAAAAAUUGUCACACCUCUUUUAGCAGGUCUCUUGGAGGUUGACCGACAAAGAAUAUGGAGUUUUGAUCGAUUUUUUAAUCAAGUUAGAGACAUAUUAUGUAGACGUGCAAUUCACAUUUUUAAUUUCCAUACCAUGCAGUCUUUAAAUAUUUAUCUUCAUCCUGAUGAAAAACUUCUUUCGCUUAGAGCUCAUAUUCAAGAGCAAACUGAUGUUCCAACUCACGCACAAAUCAUUUUAUUUGGAGACGUUUUAUUAACAAAUCUUAUCGAAGAAAAUACUCCUGCCAAAGGAUAUCCUGUAAGUAAUACAGAAAAUCCUUUUAUGCUGUUUUCUCGAGAGAAUAAUAAUGUCAUUGCAACAGUUAUCAAUAGUUGUAUCAAUGUAUCACCAUCGUCAUCGACUGUUUCUUCACCAGCGACUGUUUCAUCAGUAACAGCUGACACUGUAUCAUCUACUAUUACAUCAGCUUUAGAGAAAAAUAAAUCAGUAGAUUCAACCAUUAUUUUUCCAACAUUUGCUCAUCUAGUAUCUGUAGAGAAUGACGCAAGUCAAGCUAAAUUAGCUUGCUCGGUUGGACAUUCUUGUAAACGAUUAAUUGAUCAGUUAGCUUUAUCAAGUAAAUUAUCUCAAGAUGCAGUAAAUACUUUUAUUGCAUUAUUAUCAUCAGAACUUACCAGAUUAACAGCUAAAACUGAACGACUGAGAGAAUUAACCAAAGCAAUUGAAAAAAAUUGUAUAUCUACAGAACGGUAUGAAUCUAUUGGUCUACAAGUUAUCAAAAAAAUGUCUAGCAUUUCUUCAACUCCUAGAAUUCUUAAAGAAUUCGAAAAUAGUCAAUGGUGUAGUGAACUACAGCUAACGAGUAAACAAUUAUUUAAUGAACUUGCUCCAGCUAUUGCUCAAUUAUAUCAAAGAUACGUUAAGGAUGAAAUUCUACGUGCUGAAUGGGAAUCUACAACACGAUUAUUAACAUGUCCAUGGAAAACAAAGGCAAGUCAUAGAGCUGCAACCUUAGUUGAUCGACUUCGUGAUGGUUGGCAACAUCUCUUACGAGAUCGAGCUACACGUACCUUAACAUAUAAUGAUGAACAGUUUCAUGUAUUAGAAAGAAUCAAGGUAACAGAAACUGGACGUAGAUUGAAGAUGCUUUUAGAAGUGGAAUGUAUACCUGCAAUAAUACAGCGGUCUGAAUCUCUUGCAGAUUGGUAUAAAAUGGUUCAGACAAUUUAUCUUCAAAGUCAAAUCUUGGAUAAAGAUUUAGAUAUUUAUGAACGUUCAAUAGAUACUUUUUCAUAUCGAAUAUAUCAGAAAAGCACAGAACGGUAUGAAGCACUUUUGAGUUUUUUGGAUAGAUUAUCAACUAAUCAAACAACCAAUCAUACUUCAAGUUUAUCUGGACCCGUUUGUGAAGAAGCUACGAAAGUGUGGCGAAAUAUUUGUGGUUCUCAACAACAAAUAACAUUAAUAGUUUAUGAAAAUAAUCAAUUAAUUGAUGAAAUUAAUCGUUUAUCAAUCUGUAACGAUAUCAGUGACAAUAAUUAUAAUCCCCUUCAGGAUUCAGAACACAAGUUGAGUGAAGAAGAUGUUAGUGAAAAAAAAAUUGGUGAUAUUAAUCAACAAAAUAUUUUAUCUUGAAUAUUAAACAAGUUGUCUCAU